AUGGAUGCCAUCAACAAGCUCUCUGGCUGGAGAAAGACUGCCCUUUACCUUGCCAUACUCGCUUCAAUCCUCACGAUCUUCCUUAUUACAGCACUCAUCAUAUCUCUGCAUGUCAUCAAAGAUGGCGGUGCAUCGCUAUUUGGAGAAACAGCCAUCUUAAGCGGUUCAUGCGAUAAAACCUCACGUGCUAAUCUAUGGAUCCAUCUCGCCAUCAACGUUAUUGGAACAGGCGUUCUAGGCUCAUCUAAUUUCUUCAUGCAAGUCCUCGUUGCUCCAACCAGGCAGGAUGUCGAUCGCGCUCAUGCUUCAAAGCGUUGGGUCGAAAUCGGUGUCCAUUCUAUUCAUAACUUUCGCUUCCUUUCGAAACGCCGGGUAUUGCUUUGGGCGCUCUUCUCACUUACCAGCAUCCCUCUCCAUUUAGUCUUCAACGGUUGUGUUCUUGAAUCCAAGGCUACGAACGGCUUUGUAGUCGUCAUGGCUUCGGAGACUUUUCUCGAUGCUGCAAGAUUUACUGUUCCGCCGGUGACUGGGUCAUCCAACUUCCUUGUCGCUCUAGACAGCGUGGAACCAUUCAACAGGACUGUCAAGAGUAUCAGGAGUUCCCUGGAUGAACAGUCCUGGGAACGCUUAGGAUUUCAAGACUGUAUACAACGCUACAAUGAUCCUGAAGCACCGAUGCCAUAUCAUCGGCAUGUUGUUAUGGUCAUGAGCAAUCAGAACAACACUCCUAGCUCUCAGUGGACUCGAGCCAAUGUAGGCAAAGGGCUUUACGGCUGGGACGAUCAAGAUGCACUAAAUUCACUUUGGUUUGCAAGACCUUAUCAUCGGCUCAGAGAUUCCCGGGCACUCAUCACAAAUUCUACGAAUAACAAUACGGUACCAGCUUCUGAUAUGCAACUCGAUCCAGCCACUGGAGUCAUAUACAUGAACGAAACGAAGUACGAGUCCGCAUUUCAAACGAUGAAGGUUGACUACUGCCUUUCUGAAAGUUACCAUGCUCCCUGUCGACUGAGCAUCGCGAACCCCCUUCUUCUUAUUGUCUGCAUCAUGUGUAUCUCCAAGUGUCUUUUAUGUGCUUAUACAUUGAAGGUUAGGUCUUGGAGUACUGAAGAGCCUCUCAUGACUGUUGGGGACGCUAUUUCCUCUUUCAUCGCUAAGCCAGAUACUUGCACAAAAGGAAUGUGUACACUCGAUGCUGGAGACCUGGAUACGAAACUUGAUAUAGAGAGGGUACUCAGCAGUCCGCGACUCUGGAGGAAGGAACAAAAGGUCUUAGCUGGCAAUGCAGUAAAUCCAGGUAUUUGGAUUCUCUCUUAUAUGCUUAUCGGAAGUCUACUACUUCUCGGUGGACUCCUCCUUUUACCUGCACUGCAGACGCAGUCUUUGGGAGAGUCACGAUUCGCACAUCAUCAGAAAAACGCCGACGUCAACGAUUCUGGGCUGCAGUCAGCAUCACUCCUUGGCCUUACCAUGAUAUCGAACACGCCUCAACUCCUACUAUCUAUAUGCUACAUGGCAUUGAAUGGGCUGAUAACUCGAAUGCUUGCCGAGCUUGAAUGGGCUAGCUAUGGGAUUGGCUUCAAGGCUUUGAGAGUGACAAACCCCAGGGGUGGCCAACGAUCAACCUAUCGACUGCAACUCCCGUACCGCUGGUCCAUUCCACUUCUCGCCGUUAGUAGUAUACUGCACUGGGUGUACUCCAAUUGCUUUUAUUUAAGUAAUUACGAAUUCUAUAACCCCAUCAUGCCUUAUGAAAUCCUGGAAGUUGAUCGCGGUCUCCAAUUCUCGUCCGUGGCCAUUUUAAUCGGUUUCUCAAUAUCAGUUUUCAUCGCGCUGAGUCCUAUGAUUCUGGCAAGGUUCCAUUUGCCAGGCCAGAUGGUUUUGGGAGGCAGCAACUCCAAGGUCAUUUCGGCUGCGUGCCACUGCAUCCCCAUCAGUUCGAGUCAUGCUACACGAAAGGUUGGCACGGUCACUGUUCAUCCCUUGGAGAUAUCGGAACGCGGAGGAGACCCAUUGGAUUUGAUGGCGACUAUGAAAUUGAGAUGGGGAGAUGUUCCGACAAAUGCAGACGGUGAGAUCGGCCAUUUGGCGUUUGGCGUGGAGGAGCAGGAAAUCAUAGAGCCCAUUGAGCGAAAACACUACAGUGGCAGAUUCUAUGAUUGUUGA